CUUAGAUUUGGAACGCUCAAUGUUGGAUUACUGACUGGCCGCAGCAUGGAAAUCGCAGAAAUGCUUGAGCGUAGUAGGAUUGACAUCUGCUGCCUUCAGGAAACCAGAUGGAAAUCGAAUGGUGUCUGUCAUGUCAACUCAGACAAAGAAAAAUAUAAACUAUUCUGGAAGGGUCAAAAGACGGCCAAAAAUGGAGUUGGAAUUUUUGUCAGAGAACCGCUAGCCCAAGAAGUACUGGAUAAUAAAAGAAUUAAUUCACGUCUCAUGUGGAUCAAGCUUCGCAUAGAAAAGCAAACAAUGAUUAUUUUUUCUGCAUACGCACCACAGACAGGCGAAUCAGAAGAGAUGAAAAAUGACUUCUGGGCUGCAUUCUCUGACACCAUCUCAACAAUAACAAAAUCUGAAACAAUCCUGAUUGGAGGCGAUCUCAAUGGCCACGUUAGAGAGAAAACAGAUGGUUUUGACAACGUACAUGGCGGUUUUGGCUAUGGAGAACGGAAUGAAGAU